AGAAAGCGAGAGAAGAAUGGAUAUUGAUUCUGAGAUUUCAAUGUCUUCUUACUUCAAACGAUAUGGUCAGGUCAAAUUCAAAGAUUUCUCAAACUCACCUCUCAAAAAACCUAAAUAUUCACCGACGACGAGUGUUAUUGAGAUUUCUGAUUCAUCGUCAAGCAACAACUCCAUGAUCCCUCCUCGUCCUCAAAACCCUAUUUUCACUGUGAAACUCUCUCCGAUCAUUCUCCGUCUACGUCGUUGUUCGAGGACCAUUAAAAAGAAGAAAUUUACACAGCCUUUGAAAAAGAAGAAGAAGAGUAGUACUAAAAGUCUCAAAGAGGUAAGCAGAGGAUCAUUCAACGCCGCUGUUCAGAAACAUUCCACCACCGUAACCCGCCACGGAGGAGUUAAAAAGAUUUCGUCUUGGGUGAAAUCUAGGUUACUUGGGGAAGGGGGUUACGGGUCUGUUUACCUAGCGACGAGUAAAGACGACAGAUACAAAACAGAGAGAGCCAUCAAAAGUGCAGAGCUUUCAAAGGCUUCGAGUCUUAUGCACGAAGCAAGGAUCCUAAAACGUUUACAAUCUCCGUUCGUGAUUAGUUCCUACGGCGAUGAGAUUGCACGAGAAGGGACAGGUCAUGAAUAUAACUUAGUUCUCGAGUAUUGUUCUGGACAGUGUCUAGCGGAUUUGAUCGAAGAUAAUCACGGAGGGUUGUCUGAGUUUGAUGUGAAGCAAUUCUCUAGAGAUGUUCUGUCUGGUCUGAGUUACAUUCACAGGAGAAACAUUGUUCAUUGUGAUAUCAAACCAGACAAUCUCUUACUCAGCCCUGUUGAUCACCGGUUUAGGUUUAAUGGGUAUCUGAUUAAAAUUGCAGAUUUUGGUUUAUCAAUGGAGAAAGGUUCGGCAGAGUAUGGGAAUGGAUGUGGUCAUAUGAGAGGGACAACUAGGUACAUGGCUCCGGAGUUAAUAGGCCAUGGGGUUGUUGAUUUUGGUGUUGACAUUUGGGCGUUUGGAUGUUCUGUUUUGGAGAUGCUAACCGGGCAAAUGGUUUGGGGAGAGCAUGGUGAUUUGGUUCUUGAUGAUUGGGUUAAGCUCAUCGGUCACAGUGAUCUCAUUCCUCGUAUAUCGAGUCGGUUAUCGGAAGAAGCUCAGGAUUUUUUGAGGAGAUGCUUUAUUAGAGAGCCCAGUUCAAGAUGGAGGAUCAAUGAACUCAUGAAUCAUCCGUUUCUCUAUUCGGAUAAGAAAGCUUUGAAGAAGCUGUUUAAGCAACAGAGUUCCUAUCGAAUCAAGCUUUUAUCCUCGUACAAGGAAAUGGUAGCUCUUGUUGUUGAGAUGGUAAAUGCAAGCAGAUCUCUGAGAUCUCUUGUACAGUUUGAUGAUACUUGCCAUGUUGAUAUGAUCACAGAGAAGAUGGCAGGGGAGCUUGUGGAGAUGUUCAAACGCCAAGUAAUGAUUUACUUGAUAACUUUGCUUGCAGAGGUAAACAUCGACACUCGUAGGGUGGAUGAGAUUUUAGCUUUGGCCGGGGAAGAAAUUAGAGUCACCUUCUAGCGCUCAAAAGCUGUUCAUAAGUUCAGCUUCUGGUUAACUUUCAAUGACUUUAAACAAAGCAUGACUGAUUCU